AUGUUGACGCCAGUGGGCACUGGCGUCCUGCGCUACAGCUACCCCAUGGGUGACACGCCAGCCGUGUGCUUGACGCAGGACAUUCCCCCUUCGUUUCGUGUUCGCGCUCGCGCCCGCGCUACGAAACGAAGAGAUACAAAAGGGAAGGAAAAGGAAGGAGAGAAGGAAAAUGACAGACAAGACGACGAUAGCCACAAUGAUCAGGAAGACCCGAUCAGCAUCUUGCUUCUUGGGUGUGGAGAUCUUCGCAAGAUUCUCUUCACGAUCAAUCUUGAUAAAGGUCGUCAACUGGACAUAACCUGCUGUGACAACGAGCGAAGCAUCGUUGCCCGCAACACCCUCUUUCUAACCCUCCUUAUCGACAUGGACUCCCAAACCCCCCUCACCCUCUCCCUACAAGACCUCUUCCCCGUCUACUACCACCUCUACCUCCCACCCUGCCUCACCAGCCUCAUUACCUCACAAGCCCGCAAGCUGAUUGAUAUUUCCGACUCCCUCCAAACCUGGCACGCAAGCACAUACGGCCGUGGGGGCAUCCGCUUCUGCGACUCGUACUCCCUCUCCCGCGCCCGCGAGGUCUGGCAAUGCUGGGCUCAAUUCGACGGCAACGACGGACCCGGGGUGACUGAUGUUGACUUCAAAGCCAAGUUCGAAGCGGACCUGGCUGCUACCAGAGGUGUGAGAACCGAUGAACGAGUGGAUAGCACUGGCUAUAAUCUCGUCUACACAGCCAUACGAUCGGCUGCGCCGGCAGCGGAUGAGGAUAUGCGCCAUCUGAAUGAUCUUCAUCAACAAUUCUGGAGGGUUGGGAGUCUUUCGCUCCAAAACAGCGAUGCGGUCAAGAAGGAGAGCAGGCAGGUUAACCCGAUGUUUGUCACACCGGAUGUCGGACGUGUGAGGAUGCACUGGGGACUGGAUCCGCUUCUUGGGUUUCCGUUAGCGGAGGCGUAUACGAGGACGGUGAAUGAGCCGGAGGAUGUGAGUGCACCGCAAAAGGUUGUGGCGCUUGUAAUGGAGAAGUUUGCGGCUUGGUGCCAGAGUUUCAAGAACGCAUGGGCGGAGAGAAGCGUGGUGACGAGGUGGUUUGUCGGCGAUGCCAUUGCCUUUGGGCAUACUUUGCAGGGCUGUGCGAAUGGCGUGACAGUCAACGCCCACUGGUAUCGCAGCCGGCAUAGCUUUAGACGUUUGAAGUUUGAUGGCGAGGAUUACCAGCCCGGAAGCCCUACUCCUGCCCCAUUAUCCUUCAUGGUCAUCGACACCUCCAACCUCAUCGAUGAUCUCGGCGCUCUCAAUGUGCUGGUAGCCACCUCCCCGCUGCUCGAGAACAACCUAGCUGCCACGAUCUACACCGAGAUGCUCACACGGUACCACCGCACUUAUAAAGAUGAAGCAGACAACCUCCUUUGCGGCCCCCUCUCCACCGUCGCCCUCCUUCUCGACGACGACCACAACAGCACCCACGAACGAAGGUCAAACCACAAACUUUACACGCCCGCCAGCUUGGCUGCUUUCCUGAAAUUGACCAAGGGCAGAGUGCAAGUGGACGACUGGACUGCGACCAUUGAGGCGAUCCUCGCUCUCAUUGAGAAAGAACCGAGAAGGGAAGCACAUGGAGACAGUGAGCCGAUCGCUGAUUACACUCCGGAGUUGAGGGCCUGGUUGCACCUGUUUGGCGUGUAUACACCGCUUGAAUGGAGGGUUUCCAACAACAACACACACUUGAUGCCGAGAAGUGAAAGGCUUUGGCAGUUGCAGACGUGGAGGAAAAUUCCGCCGGUAAUGUGCGUGACGGUGGUGGUGCCUCAAUACAAGUCAGUUGUGGUGGGUAGGUUGGAGAGGGACAAUUUGGCGGUUGGAAUGCCGACGUUUGUUGAGUGUGCCAUUUCCAAGCCGGGCGACAACAAAAGUUGCCAUGGGUUCGCGGCGGUGCAACUCGGUUAUGGGUGGCCGCAGCGCGAGGUUACCCGCGUCAGAGGUUCCAAGUCGAUCUUCAACACUAUCAUGCGUCUCCCGAACUUGGAAGGGAAAUACCACUUGAUGGUGUCCUUUAUGGUCCCGACGUCGGUGCUUCUUCAAAAUCCCAAGACGUCGAUGGUCAAGGUCCAGUUCCGACGAACCCCCAACGCCGCCGAUUAUGGAGAUGUCCUUGGACCCGGAUUGACCAUACACGAAACUCCCCUCCAUAACUAUGACCAGGUCGUCAUCACCCGAUACCCGCCUAGGGUGCGAGGCAUCCCAACCGUGUAUGAAUUUCCCAGGACAUUACCUCCCCCGGAUCUGUCGGCUAGUGCCAUCAUCGUAGCUGGCAUGGACGAACUACGAUCCGAAAUCAUCCCCCUCACCGCACGCCUCCAGUUCACAUGCCCUGAACUGAACUCUUGUCUCGCAAAAGGUUACACAGCCCACUACCGCCUGGUAUCACCAUGUACAUACCUCAUCACCCUCAGCGGUAGCUUUACCGCGAGCACCUAUGACAUCACGUCCAUGUCUGAGUCGCUCUUUGUACACAGAGACGGACCAGAAACAUGCACAUGGGAAUCAAGUUUUCCCUUCUCCUUCCCGCUUCUCACAGAUAUUUUCACAGCAGACCUCAUCACCGGCCCUGUGAGUCCUGACAACAACUCCAUCGAGCUACUGGUCAGAACCAUUCGCCCCGCGGAUAUCCGGGCAAUCGGGGCCUCCCCAUCGUGGAUUUAUCCUAUCCUCCUUUCCCCCCCUCUCCCCCACUCUGCUUCCCCAGUACCUUAUUCCUCGGUCACACCAAUUUUAUGGUCCCUCCCCUACCUCCCCUGCAUCGACGAUCUCCCAGUCCUUAACAUCCAAAAACUUCGCUCCUCCAGCACCUCCUGGCGUCGCUUUAACCUCUGGCUCAAAAAUCACACCUACACCCUUUCCCACUGGGAGCACGAACACACAGACACGCAACCGGAAUCCCUACAAGAGGACUUGCUAAGCAUUGGCGAGCUGUCCUGGUUGCAAUGGAAGAAGAUGGUUCAGGGCAUGAUGUUGGGGUUCACGGCAGCUGUUGGAAGGAGGCAGAAUGUCUUUGCUGUUUGUCCGGGAGGUGAUCAACAGAGGGUUGUGAGCAUGGUCUUCUUUGUGUCGUGUUUGAGGCUGGACGUGGCGAAUCGAUGCGUGCUGCUUGAUGGGGCAGUCCUCGUGCGGACGGCGGAGACAGCUGCCUUGAUUGAUGGGUUGGAGAAGGAGUUGAACGAUUGUGCGGAUGCUACAGCGCCGGCGUGGACGGAAGCUGAGCUGGACACAUCCCUUAAGUAUUUCAACACUACACGUGAAGGCAUCCACCUCUGGAAGGAGAUCCUCCCGGCUCAUGUCGAGCGGUGCCGAACUUGGGAGCAUGACGCUGAUAGGUGCGAGUAUCUUCACCGCGCCGGUGCAACGGGAGUGAUCAUCCCGAUGGAUGAUGAUACUGAGGAGUCCUCGGUCCUUUGCAGCUGUGGUAAUGGACGAGUCCCGGACCAUGAUAGCGCCCCGCAAAAGGUGUGGGAGAGGAUCAAGAAGCAUUUGGUGAGGGUCGCUAUCUCCCCUCCGUUCGGAUGUCCAUUUGUGGAGGAACCGUAUGUCCCGGAGAUAAAGAAGAAUGUGAAUAACCCGACUCCGCGGCCGCCACCACCACCACCCAAAGCUGUGUGCAGGAACCCAAACUGUAAAAGAAAGGAUGGAAAAGAGUUGGAUCAUACUUGUCCCGUUUGUGAGAACACCAAGUACCUCUACUGCUCCAGGCCGUGCCGUAAGGCUGAUACAGCGAGGCACAAGAAGGAGGAGUGUCAGGGUGGAAAGGGCAAGAAGAAGUGA